AUGAGCGCAUCACAACUCAAAGUCCGCUCCCUGUACCGCAAACUCUUGCGCCAGGGAAACCAGUUCGCCGCAUACAACUUUCGCGAGUACGCCGUGCGUCGCACCAAGGAUGCUUUCCGCCAGCACAUGUCCGAAUCAGACUCGAGUAAAAUCCAAGAGCUUCUGUCGAGGGGAAACAUAGAACUGCAGAUGUUGAAGUCACACUUGCUGACUUCGCGCUUCAGANGACAAACAGUUGUCAGCCAGUUCUUCCAGCUAGACAGGCUAGUGGUCGAGGGCGGCAAGACAGGCAAGCAGACCGGCGGCAGAAACGACAUCAUUAGACAAACCGAGCACGGGUGA